GCUGAGGUGAUCUGGCGCAGAGCGGAGGAGGUGCUCGGCGCUGCUGCGGCUCCUCCCCUUGCGGCCUCUCUGAGGUUGGCCCUUCUCCUGUGGCCUCCCGGAGAAUGUGGAUGACGCCCAAGAGGAGCAAGAUGGAAGUGGACGAGUCUCCAGUUUUCCGGCCCGAGUGGACCCAGCGUUACUUGGUGGUGGAACCUCCUGAGGGCGACGGAGCCCUGUGCCUGGUCUGUCGUCGCCUCGUCGCAGCUACACGCGAACGCGACGUUAGGCGACACUACGAGGCCGAGCACGAAUACUACGAACGGUAUGAGGAGGAGGCCGAGCGCGCAGCUCUGGUGGAGCGUCUGCGUCAGGGCGACCUGCCGGUGCCUGCCCCGCUCUCUCCUGAGCAGAGAACUGCUCGGGCAGGCCUCGCGCUCUGCCGCCUCUUGGCUUUGAAGGGCCGCAGCUGGGGUGAGGGGGACUUUAUAUACCAGUGCAUGGAGUUGUUGCUUAGGGAAGUACUGCCCGAGCACGUCAGCGCCUUGCAAGGCAUUGAAUUAUCUCCAGCAGCCACAAGGCAGCGGAUCCUGAGCAUUGAUGGGAAUCUACGCAGUCAGCUUUAUAAUCGCGCCAGAGACUUUAAAGCUUAUUCCCUUGCUUUGGACGACCAGGCUUUUGUGGCCUACGAGAACUACCUUCUGGUCUUCAUCCGUGGCGUGGGUCCUGAUUUGGAGAUACAAGAAGACCUUCUGACCAUAAUCAACCUGACUCAUCACUUCAGUGUUGGUGCGCUGAUGUCGGCAAUCUUGGAGGCCUUGCAGACAGCAGGGCUUAGCUUGCAGCGAAUGGUUGGACUAACCACAACUCACACUUUGAGGAUGAUUGGCGAGAACUCUGGAUUGGUCUCAUAUAUGAGAGAAAAGGCCGUAAGCCCCAACUCUUGGAACGUUAUCCAUUACUCAGGAUUUCUUCACUUGGAACUGUUGAGCUCCUAUGAUGUAGAUGUGAAUCAGAUCAUAAAUACCAUAUCUGAAUGGAUAGUUUUGAUUAAGACCAGAGGCGUCAGGCGACCAGAAUUUCAGACUUUACUAACUGAAUCGGAAUCAGAGCAUGGCGAAAGGGUUAAUGGACGAUGUCUAAAUAAUUGGCUGAGAAGAGGGAAAACUUUAAAAUUAAUAUUUUUGCUAAGAAAAGAAAUAGAAACAUUCUUGGUUUCAGUAGGGGCCACAACAGUCCAUUUCACAGACAAGCAAUGGCUUUGUGACUUUGGCUUCUUGGUGGAUAUUAUGGACCAUCUUCGAGAACUCAGUGAAGAAUUGCAAGUUACUAAGGUCUUCGCUGCUGCUGCCUUUGACCAUAUUUGUACUUUUGAAGUUAAGCUGAAUUUAUUUCAAAGACAUAUUGAGGAAAAAAACCUAACACACUUUCCUGCCUUCAGAGAGGUUGUUGAUGAGCUUAAACAGCAAUUUAAGGAAGAUGAAAAAAUAUUUGAUCCUGACAGGUACCAAAUGGUGAUCUGUCGGCUACAAAAAGAAUUUGAAAGACAUUUUAAGGACCUCAGAUUCAUUAAAAAGGACUUAGAACUUUUUUCAAAUCCAUUUAACUUUAAACCUGAAUAUGCACCCAUCUCAGUAAGGGUGGAACUAACAAAACUUCAAGCCAACACUAACCUCUGGAAUGAAUACAGAAUCAAAGAUUUAGGGCAAUUCUAUGCUGGAUUGUCUGCUGAAUCUUACCCAAUUAUCAAAGGGGUUGCUUGUAAGGUGGCAUCCUUGUUUGAUAGUAACAACAUAUGUGAGAAGGCGUUUUCAUAUUUGACUCGGAAUCAACACACUUUGAGCCAGCCACUGACAGAUGAGCAUCUCCAAGCCCUUUUUCGGAUUGCUACAACUGAUAUGGAGCCCUGUUGGGAAGAUCUUGUGAGAGGAAGAAAUGAAUCUAAUCCAUAAGCCUUGGUAGUACAAUAUUGAAUUCAGUUCUAAAGCAAACAGUUUUCAGGUUUACUGAUUUGGAUUGUGGGAAUGAACUGUUUGUUAAAAGCCUUCAGAUUGAUCACAAUUCAAAUCCUGAUAGUUGCCUUCUUUUCAUCUUAUGUGGCAACAUGCGACUGAUACAUGAGAAUACCACCUUUUUCAAAACUUAGCUUAAUGACAGUCAUUGACUUUUAGAAUAUAAUCGAUUUAAAGAAGUUUAGUAUUGAUAAUGUGAGUUGAGUUAGAAAUUUGUUUUUAAGGUGUGCUGAAGAUAUAUGGCAAAAAUCUUAGCCCCUAUUUUAACGAAGAAUUGAAAUUCUGAUAUAGUCUGAAAUUAUCAACUCUUUAAAUGAGUGUUUGAACCAAUUUGCAGAAACAUAGCAAGUUUGAUAAGAAAGAACAGACGUGAAGGUAUUUUGUCUAUCAAAAGUUUGAGACAAUAUUUUUUAAACAUGUUUCUGAGUCUGAAGUAAAUAUUGACAGAUUUUUCCCUUUCACCUCCCCUCCACCACCCCAGGGAUAAUAAUAUUAAUAGAGGAAGUAUUCAAUUAAAAUUUUAGUCAGAGGAGCAAGAAUGAUUUUUAGGUUGCUGAUUUAGAAGGCUUGCGGUUUGGACAUGUGACUAAUUAUUAGGAGUAUCCCCUGAAUUUUUUCACAACCGAGGGCUGUUUUAUCAGCUUGCCUAUUAAAGGACGAUGGCAUCAACCCUAGGAGAAAAUGGCAUGCUAUUUAUUUGCUACUUUCCUUUACAGAUGAUUUUUGGCUCUUCUGGGAUUUUAAAAGUAAGUAAAUUUAACAAAAUAUUAGAAUGGCUCAGCCCUUUUGGUCACUAAAUACUCAGUUCUCUUGCUUUCUUACUGCAGUAUCCUCAUCUCCACAAGGGAGAUAACUCAAAAGUGACAUCUAGUUAAUGUGUACUUUUAGAUUUACUACUUUGCUUUCUUGUUCCCAUGCCUCUCUGAACUUAUUAUCUGUGUAACUGGGGCUUUUUAGGUUUAGGUGGGAGAGUCUCUGUUUCCUUAAGCCAUUUUGUUCAGUUUAAGAGAUUAGCAAGUGUUGUACUCUCAGUUGGAUAUUUAAUCUGAGGCACAUGAACUUAUUCAGAGAUCGUAACGCUAGGUGUAAUAAUCAUCCAGUGAAUAGAUCAUUGCUGCAAAACUAGCAUUUAAUCAACCUUUGGGUUAAGGGAUUUCUCAUUUUUAUCUUAUUUUUAAUAACUGAAAAAUUGCCUCAUCCUACCCAAUAGGUAUUGGUAUUGUAACUUUCCUAUUCUCUUUCAUUUCUGCCUGCAAACUGAUUCUUUUCUGAGUUCAUCUCUUUUCUUUACAUUUUGUUAAAUGCAGUCCAACCACAAAAUAUUUUAUUUUCCUACCUUUUUCAUUAGUAAAGAGUAGAUUAUCUGCCUUCCAGGUUGUCUCAAGGGACAAUUUCACUUUCCCAUAAUAGGAAUCACUCCUAUGUAAAUUAUCUCUUCAUUCCUCCAGUAGCAGUUUCCAGAAUACCUAACCAGUAAAACAGUGUUCACUAUUUUAGUGUGUGUUUUUGUUUUGUUUUGUUUUAUUUUUAAAUAGGAACCCAUUUCUCUGUCAGCAUAGACUAGGUUGCAAUGGAGUAACAAUUAUAAAAUCUCAUUGUCUCGCACAACUUUCUAUUGCAACUUGGCUAGGGACUUUGCUCUUGGUCAGAGAUUGGUCAAUUACAGCUUACAGGCAAAAAUCUGUCCUACCACCUGUUUCUCUAAAAAAAAGUUUUACUGGAGCCUGGUCUACUUACUUACUGGCUGUGGCUGCUUUUGCUCUGUGAUGGCAGAGUUGAGUAGUUGCAACAAAUAGUAUGUACCCCACAAAGUAUAAAAUAUUUACUCUGUGGCCCUUUACAGAAGAAGAUCAUUAAUCCCUGUUUUAAAUUAUCCUUGUUCUGGGAUUCAGGCUGACCAAGCAGAUACCAAGUGUGGCUGUUCACUUUGGGAAAUGGAAAAAGAAAGUGACAAAUCACUUAUAGACCCUAAAAGCACUUUAUUGGUCAAAGGAAAUCACAUAACCACACCAAAGUUCAAGGAGGAGUAUAAUCCUUCCACAUAACUGGGAAGAAAAUCAAUAGUAUUUGGAAGAACACUACUGAUUAACAUAUGGUUACAUCUCCAUUUAUAUCAUUUGUUUCAAUAUAUAAAAAUACCAAGUGUGCACUUCAGUGGGUUUUUAUAUACAUCUUAGAAUACCACCUGGACCUAGAUAAAAUAUUUCUAGUACCUCAAGAGGUAUCCUUUUUCCCCUCCUAUGCACAGAGAACCACUAUGCUGACCUUUUUCACCACAGAUUAGUUUUGCCUAUUUUAAAACUUUAUGUAAAUGCAAUGAGUAUAUGCACUUUGAUGUCUUUUGUUCAACAUUAUGUCUGUGAGACUAAUUCAUGUUGUAUGUAGCAGCAGUUCAUUUUUUACUUCUGUGUAGUAUUUCAUUGUAUGACUAUGCCACAGUUUAUCCAUUCUACUGUUGAUGGAAAUUUGGAUUAUUUUCAUUUGUGGUCAUUAUGAAUAAAGUUGCUAUGAAAAUA